AUGCCCCGGAAGCGAAAGCAAUGUGAUGAGACUGUACUUGGAAAUGUGAGCGCAGCUAUUGCUGUGAAAGGUGCCUCUGAAAGAGCGACCCGUUUGAUCUGGAACUUGGCACAGCCACCUGAAGGAUCAUCGCUAUCUUCAAGGCAGUUUGGCCAACAUGUCGAAGAAGCACUAGAGCAAAGUCAGUGCUUUGAUGUCUUGCAUCUGCCUUCGAAGAGAGAGCUUCCAGAGGCUUUUCCAGUUGCAAACAUGCCAAAGUUGUUGCGCUUCAUUGGCUGUCGAAUGCCAGCCCUCUCUGGUCUGUUGAAGGAGCGUCUGCUCCAAUGUGGCAACUUGCUGUCACCCUUGAUUUACCACGACGAAGCCCAAGCGGGCAACGUAUUAGCAGUUCACAAGAAGAUGAAAGCAACCCUGAUAUAUUUCAGCUGGCUGGAGCUAGGAAAAUGGCUGCACCAAGAGGAGAUGUGGCUUUGCAUUGGCUUGAUUCAGCAUUCCACUUGCGACCAUGUGGAUGGUGGUUUGGCAAAGGCCAUGAGCGCAUUGGUGGAACAUGUUCUCCGUGAUGAGUAUCUCACUGGCUUCGCUGUUCGAUUGAUUCUCGGCUAUAAUGCUUUUCAGAAUGACGAGCCAAUGUGGUACAAGCAGAAAACAAAAGCCUUAUUCAUUUCCGACUUAGCAGCUCUGCAGAGUACGUUGGCCAUCAAGGGAAGCAGCGGUCUCAAGCCUUGCUUGUGGUGUCAGAACAUCCUCAAAAAAGACAGUGGGCUGUCAGACGACCGUUUCCGAGACAUUUCCGAGCACGAUGUGAGCAGAUUCGAAAUGGCAAGCGAUGCCACGAUUUGGGCAUGCUGCGACCACAUCGCCGAACGGAUUCCUCAUCUGAAUGUAAAGAUGCGUGAGCAGCUGGAAAAGAGCUAUGGUAUCACCUAUGUCCCACAAUCAAUCUUGUUUGAUGCCAGCCUUCGCCCGCGAUUGCGGCCAAGUGAUGUUUGCUUGGAUAGCAUGCACAAUUACUUCAGCAACGGCGUUGCAAAUCAAGAGCUUUGUCUCUUCUGGCAUGCCAUCUCCAAAGCAACCGAUUUGAAAUUAGAAGAUUUGCGUACAGUGUGCUUGGAGUCCCAGUGGGAAGGGCCAAAAGUUUCAAGCCACGGCAGAGUUGGCUACAUGAAAUCUUUGUGGACUCCGAAAAUGUGGAAUGGCGAUACUUAUAAAGGCCAAUCAGAACAAUGUGAAAGCGUACUGCCUCUGAUGCGCUGGUAUGCAGAGAUGCUGGUUGUCAAUGUUGACUCUUUGCGUCUGCCAUUGGACAGCUUCAGAACUUUGUCAGAAAUCGCGAUGGAGAUCAGGAAAUUAGUCUAUAUGUGGAGGAAAAUCACCCCUGACCAUGUCGCGAAGCUGCAAAGAUUGCAGACAGAACAUCAGCUGAAAUUCUCGGCAGCAUACACUGCGCAGUGCUGCCGCCCGAAGCAUCACCACAGGCUUCACUUACCAGAUUCGUGGCUCAAAUUGGGUGUUGCAUUGUCUUGCAAGCCCAUGGAAUCAAAGCACAAAUGUUAUAAGCAAGGCCUUGCUGAGCGCUUCGUGUCCAAAGUCGAAGCCGGAUUUGCUGCAGCGCUUCUGCCACGGAUGCUUCAUUCCCAGGCACAAACGAUGGCCGAACAUAUGCCACCAGUCCUGCAGCCUCUACAAUUCUUAUCUCCUUUGAAAGCAGCUUCAGAAUCCAUUCUGGAAACAUGGCAACGGCCAACUGCAAUCUUGAACAAGACAGCUGCCGGCGUCAAAGUCUACAAUAGCACUGCAAAACCAGGCGAUGUGCUCAUUUUCCCUGAUGCUGCUGGCAUCCUGCAAUGGAUCUUGACAGAUGGCUCACACGGAGUAUUUUUGCUGCAACGCUUGGAGCUGGUCGAACUCAAACAUGGCCACAGCGCUUGGUAUAUCACCAACAAUCACUGGAGCCGGUCCGUUUCUUUGGAAAAUCCCUACACCAUGCCUGCAUGGUGGCGACAAGAUGGUGAGCGCUUGAUCUGCUUACAUUGA